GCUUUGGCCUCUAUCUUCUUCAGUUCCCGCUACCAGCGAGCGGCGAUUCCUCUUUCAAAACUUCGCACAUGGUUAGUUGAGUAAUAAAGGGAGAGCUCAGUGAUCUUCAAUGGAGCAGCGCGUGUGGAGCUCGUGCGAGCAGUCUCUGGACACCGAUAAGCCUCUCUCUCUACAAGCCCUAGCUUCCAUGAGGUCUCUUAUCGUUAAUCCUCACACUUCCAAUUCCACUAUUUCUUCAAUACUCAAAACCCUAACUCGCUCUGUCCAGCAGACCGCUGAUUCGCUCACUCGCCAUCACACUCUCAAGCUGUUCACUGACCUCGCCUCAUACCGCACUCAUCUCUCCCCUCUUAUAUUCCACUCGCUCCAUUCCAACUCGCUCGUCUCCACCGACUCAAGUCUCCUAGCUGCUGAGUCACUCGCUGCCCUCUCUUCCAUCUCAAAGUGCAAUCCAACUUUACCAAUCGAGCUGGAUGAUCGACUCUUUGUAUCGCUGUGUUUUGGUGCCUCGGUAUCUGCACGAUUGUGGCUUCUAAGAAAUGCCGAGAAGUUUGGUAUAAGGUUGAACGUGUUGUUCACUGUGUUUUUGGGUUUUACGAAGGAUCCUUAUCCCUAUGUUAGGAAAGAGGCCUUGGAUGGAUUAGUUGGCUUGUGUAAAUUCGGAGUUUUUGAAGAUCGGAGUGUGAUUGAAGGAUGCUAUUACCGUGGUGUUGAGCUUCUAAAAGAUGCAGAAGAUUGUGUACGGUGUGCUGCAGUUCGCGUGGUCAAAGAAUGGGGUCAAAUGCUUAUAGCAUCCAGUCAAGAGGAAGAUAAAAGAGAUUGGUCAAAUACAGUAUUCAUACAGCUCUGUUCUAUGGUAAGGGAUAUGUGUGUGGGUGUCAGGAUAGAAAUUUUUAAUGCCCUCGGGAACAUACAAAUGGUAUCUGAGGACAUUUUGUUACAAACCCUAUCUAAGAAGGUCCUAUCGAUCAUGAAAAAGAAGAGAUCUCACAGCCUACACACUACAGAAAAUUUUGAACUUUUGGCAUCAAGUGCUGCUGGAGCUUUUAUUCAUGGGCUUGAAGAUGAAUUCUGUGAGGUGCAAAAGUCCGCUUGUUGCUCUUUGCGGAAGCUCAUCACCCUUUCUUCUGAGUUUGCUGAUCAGGCCUUAAGCCUGUUGAUGGACAUGCUGAAUGCUAAUUCAAUGGUUAUCAGGUUAGAAGCUCUGGAAACACUGCAUCAUAUGGCAAUCUCUGAGUGUCUAAAUGUGCAAGAGAUACACAUGCAUAUGUUUCUUGGUUCUCUAAUUGACAAUAAUGAUCUAAUAAGAUCUGCAGCGAGAAAAAUUUUUAAAUUAGUGAAGCUGCCCAGUUUGGAUUUAUUUAGACUCUCAGUCGAUGGCCUUCUCGAAAGUUUGGAGAUAUAUCCUCAGGAUGAAGCAGGUGUCUUCUCAGUUUUGUUUUAUAUGGGUCAAAACCAUGGGAAUUUUACGGCCUGCAUUAUCAAGGAGGUUUCCCAAGAGAUAGAGCCAGUUUCUAAUGGAGAUUUGGGCCUGGAUAGUGCAAGAGUAGCUGCAUUUCUUGUACUUUCCAUCUCAGCUCCACUCUCUUGUGAUCAGAAUGGUCAAAGUAUCCCACCCAGAUUAUUCUCUUAUGCGGUUACCUUGCUAGGACGUAUCACUUCUGCUUUGAAUGACAUUGUGGACCAAAAUACUCUUUUGGCUUAUUUGUCUCGGUGCAGUAGAUCCUACAUUUCCUCUGGCAUGGAAGUUGAAGGGGAAGAAUUUUCACUGCCUGUGGCUGAUGUUGAUGUUGCAACUACUACUGUCAUCAAUGAUAGCAAUCCCGUUGCAAUGCCUUUGAUGCAAAUAGGCAAUGAAAAUUCUGAAAUUCAUUCUAUGAUAUCUUGUGAAUCCGGGAAUGUAGGGACUUCAAUUAUAGAAUGCCAGCUGGAAGAGCAUGGUCAAAUCAGGAAAUCUGUGAAUCUUAUCCUUGCCCAGGUCAAAGAUUUAUGGCUGUUGGUACAAUCAAGAUGCAUCAGUGAGGCAUUAAAGAUUUUGAGGGCUUGCAAGGAAGAGUUGGCAAUUUUUACUCCUGCAUUGCCUGAAUCUGUGGGUGCAUUGGCAUUUACCUCGCAAUACCUCCACGUAAUUAAACUGCUUGUUAAGAUAUGGGGGCACAUUGUGUGGAAGGUCCAAUCUUGUGAAAUUGGAGAACUAGAGAUUCUCUUCGGGAAACUAGAAAGGAGACUCAGAGAAAUGAGGUGUAGGUUUAUAGGGUUUUCUAAAGAAGAGGAGUCGCUUAUCUUGGAGCUUACACUUUUGGCAUGUAUUCUGAGGUUGUCCGAAGUUGAAAUCUGCUGCUACCUUGCCACUUUGAAAAAGCUGUCUACUACAAUUUCACAUUUAGAGUUUCUUAACAAGGAAGGAUCUAUUGAAUUGUCCAAUUUUGUAAUGGAAGUUAAGAAAACUUUGCAUGAGAUAGCCACUCCAAUAGGAUGUGUUUCCUGCAGUCCCUUCGUGUUUAAGAAGUUGAUUAACCACUAUUCAGCAAAGCAGUUCAGUUUAAGCAGAGUAACUCAUUUAUAUGCUGCGUUGAGUGUUCAUGGUAAUGAUUUUGAAAACCCUCUCCCUUUUAUCUCAGGCCUACCUGUGGCUAUACCUUUAGAGAUUACCUUGCACAAUGUAUCAAGGGAUGCUAGGUUGUGGGUAAGGAUGGCAAUGAGUGAAGAGUUGGUUCAGUUUUUCUUUUUAGAUUUGAAGAUUCUUGGAGGCUGUGAUGAGGUCACAAAAUUUACGCAUGCUACACCCUUUUACAGAACUCCAAAAGCAGGUUCAUUCACGUUAAGAGUUUGUGUAGUAAUGGAAUGCUUGUUUGAGGAUGCACAUUCGGUAAAAAGCUUUGUAGGUCCAAAGCGUUCAUUAGUGUAUCUUUGCCCUGAAAAGGAAGUUUAUCUAUACAUGAUUUAGGAUUGACUGGUUUUGUAAGAUUGUGUACAAAAAUUAUUCAGAAAGAGUGUGAUUUUUGCAUCCAAGGCAGCUGCAAGCUAAAAAUUUGAUACAUCAGAGUACGACUGAUGAAUGGGAAAUUUUUUUGUUCCUUUUGGUGGUCAGGGAACUGGCUCUAUCCCAGUAGUGUCUAGACUCUAGAUCAGCUUUUCCAGGUAAUUUCCACAAAGAUGAUUGUCAUCAGUUAGUAGAUUGAUUUAUUUCUAGAAGAUGCUUUUUGAUGGCAGUUCUGAAAAACAAAAUAUUUGAUGGCAGAAACCAGCUUAUUCCCCUUCAUGCCCAGUGAUUCCAAUUACCGGAAUAACACUUCCAAAACUAUCCCUGGGAAUUUACUGAAGUCAAUGCCUUGGGAAGCUUUUCGAUCAUAUGCUUCCACCAGUUAUUCUUUUAAGGUAUAUGUUGGAUGAAAUUUCCAAUUCCAUCAUGAUACCUCCAUUCUUGAUCAUAAUAAAUGACUGUUUGUAAUGAUAGCUUACUUUUGUAAAUAUUUCAUUUACAAUUUUAUUGAAUAUGCAUGUAUUAUUUAAUAAUAUUGUAUAAGAAUAUAAAUUUACUAUUGAAAAUCUUGUUUUUACAAA